AUGAUGUCCUCACCUCAAACAAUACCAGGCCAUGAGAUCCGCGACGUAAUAAUCAUCGGCGCCGGACCAUGCGGACUCGCCGUGGCCGCACGCCUAAGCGAAGAAACACCCUCAGCAGUCUUCACGGACGAGGAACACCAACGCUACCAUUGGAUCAAGAAGCACAGCGGACGGAUGAGUCUCGUGCAAGCACGACACAGCAAGAUCAAGGGCGUGCGAGCAACCAAAUGGGAUAGCGAACAUGGAUGUCCCUGUCAAACAGAGGAUCGACACCGGCGGGCCUCGACAGACUCUGCAUCUUCUGUGCCCUCGCUAUCGUCCGCUUCAUCGACAACUUCGAUUUCAUCUUCCUCAUCUAUCUCAACGCUAGUGCUCGAUGGUUCGGGUGAUAAGUGGAUGCAGAGGUGGAACAAUGCCUUUCGCACGUUGGAGAUCAAACAACUCCGCAGUCCGAUGUUCUUCCAUGUUGAUCCCGGGGACCGGGAUGGGAUGCUGGCUUACACGCAGGAGACUGGCCGAGAUGCAGAUUUAUGGGAGAUUCCGGGGUGUGUGGGGAAGGAGAUGAGCAAGCAUAAGAAGAAGAAGAGAAGACAGAGGGGCAAGACUCAAACAAUUGGCGCUGAGAUCGACGAACGAGAUCGCAGAGACUACUUCUCGCCCUCCACCAAUCUCUUUGCGGAUUAUUGUUCUUCGGUUAUCCAGCGGUAUGGCCUGGAUGAGCCGGGCCAGAUCUUGCAGCGCGAAGCCACAGAUAUCUCAUAUGACUAUCUCUAUGAUAGCUCGGACUCAAAGGUGUUCACCGUUACCACAUCCUCUGGGGAGAAGUUCUAUAGCCGGGCUGUUGUCCUUGCGAUCGGUCCAGGCGGAGCAGGAGUGUCGAAGAUUUAUCCCUGGAAACCAUUGACUGAACAAGAGGGAGCCGCGGGAUGUUGCCACAGCAUGGAGAUCAAAACAUUCCCCAGCCUCAAUGUACAGAACAAGAUCCAACGGCGACAGGAGACAAACGUUGUCGUUGUGGGAGGUGGACUGUCAUCCGCACAAAUUGUUGAUAUGGCUGUGCGCAAGGGCGUGACGAAAGUGUGGUUCUUAAUGCGUUCUGACAUGAAAGUCAAACACUUUGAUAUCAGUCUGCCUUGGAUGGGCAAGUACAAGAAUUGGGAGAAAGCAGCGUUUUGGUCGGCAGACACCGACGAAGAACGCCUUGAGAUGCUCCAAACCGCCCGCAACGGGGGUAGUAUUACACCACGCUAUACGAAGAUUGUAAAGCAGCACGAGGCCCAAAAUCGUGCCUCCAUCCACCCUUGCACGGAGAUCAAGACCCACGAAUACAACCAAGACACAAAGACCUGGACCCUGACAACUGACCCACCAAUCCCCGACCUACCACCAAUCGAUUACAUCUACUUUGCAACAGGAGCCCGAGCCGACGUACGUGAGAUGCCAUUACUUCGCGAGAUGAACGAGAAAUACCCGAUCGAAGUAAAGUCAGGGUUCCCCUGUCUGACCAACGAUCUAUCAUGGAGAGAUGAUGUGCCGUUGUUUAUGACGGGCCGCAUGGCAUCUCUUCGUCUAGGACCUGGGGCGCCGAAUCUCGAGGGUGCGAGAGUCGGCGCAGAACGUGUUGCAUGGGGUAUGGAGGAGGUACUUCACAAGGGGAGGGAGGUUGGUGGACAGUGUGAGGGAUUCUGCGGACUUGGGAAUCGGUAUGCUUCGCUGCUGGGGGAGUGCGAGGAGUGA